AAUGGAGUUCUCCUCAACGGCUAAUAAAAGCAGCAUGUGUUCUUUGUUAUGAUCGCUUAUUAUUAUUUUACAUCUCGAAAUAUAUUUCAGUUUGAUUAUAUAGUUGUUUCAACAAAUUAUCAUCAAUAAAUAAUGCCAUGAAAAUCCUCUAACGAGACUAUGCUAGCGUCAUUAGAAUCAAUCGUAUCGUAUUUCGCAAGAACCACAAUGGGCUUUUAUUACGCUGUAGCGAAAGGACGAGCACCUGGAAUUUAUCAAACAUGGGAGGAAUGCAAGCAACAAGUACACAAAUUCCCAGGACCUAUUUACAAAAAGUUCCCCACGUCUCAAGAGGCUCAAGAAUUCAUCGAAUCUCGGACACGGUUAUCGAACAACGGACUGUCCUCGAGUUCCGAGAAUUUCACACACGCUCAACGAAUCCUGCCGAACGAUCUUAUCGCAUUAGGUACCAAUACGAAAACAAAUAGUCGCACAAAGAGGACUUUGGAUUCGGAAGAGACCAGCGGAAAUUCAGUCAAAGCUCAAAAACGGAUCAAGACAGUUGCAAAUACUGGUACAUCUUCGAACGGUCGUAAGCCUGAUAAUUCUAAGCACUUCAACAUGGAUUCUGACGGUUUCGUAAACGUCUAUACAGACGGUGCCUGCUCAGGAAACGGUUAUUCCGGCGCAAAAGCUGGUGUCGGUGUUUAUUUCGGCGAUAAUAGCCCUCUUAAUAUUUCGGCACCCGUGGAGGGUCGUGCAACCAAUAAUAUGGCUGAAAUACAAGCAGUGACCCGUGCUGCUGAAGUGGCUCGGGAAAAUGGAAUCACAAAAUUGCGAGUGCACACAGAUUCUGAGUUUUUGAUAAAGAGUGCGACUCAGUGGAUGCCAGGAUGGAAGAGCCGAGGCUGGAAAACUGCUUCGGGAGCUCCGGUUAUCAACAGAGCUGAGCUUCAGGAAAUGGAAUCAGCACUGAAACCUCUCAAAGUUGAAUGGAAUCAUGUUCGAGGCCAUCAAGGAGUUUAUGGCAACGAAAUGGCGGACAGAUUGGCACGCGAAGGUGCUGAAAGAUACAGACAUCAUUAAAGGAUUGAAGAAAAUUUUCAUUCUGAAAUUACGAUGUAGAUAAGAUAUGAAGGCAUACAAGACAAGGAAAGCAUUGAUUGUUUACUUAACUUACUUAACUUAAAGGCCAUAAUCAAUCGUAAUUUUAUGUUGAUCUUCAAGAACUUUUUUAAACUUAAGUUUGCAGUACCAACAAUCCUUCGUGUAUUCAACUGAAAUAAAUGUUUAACAUUUUAGAAAUAUAUGAACUUGAAGAAACGUUGAAAAA